AUGGCGGAAGAGGCGGCCAUUAAAGCUGCUGCGGAUUCUUGCAUUGGAAGUCUCAUAAGCUUAACAACGAAGUCUGGUAUGAGAUACGAAGGCUCUAUGCUUCACGUCGACGCUCAGGAAUGCACCAUAGCCCUUCACAAUGUGAAAUCUUUUGGAACCGAGGGACGAAGGCCUGUUUUUGUCGUUUCUCCAAGCGACAAAAUCUACGACUACAUAGUUUUCGAUGGCAAUGAUAUCAAGGAUGUGCGCGUUAUAUCUUCGCCAUCUUCUCCACCAAGUGUCCCAUCUCUGCUUGAUGAUCCUGCUAUAAUCGAGUCUCGCGAUUCACUUCCUCCACCGAUGCAUACUGGCUUGUUGGCAUCUACUAGUGCUGUUAAAGCACCUAAUCAGCAGUUUACUAAAGAAGCUGCUGCUUCUAUUAUUCCUGGACUACUACCUGUCCCUAGUACAUCUCUGAUGAACAAGGUGUCAAGAAAGUUUGUCUUGCCCUCAGAUUUGCUUCCUAAUGUGGCUGCUGCAGCUUCACUGUCUCUGCAAUCCAGUCUUGGACAGGUUGCUACUCCACAAUCUGGGUUUUCACCUGUCUCUGGACCUCUCUCACCAAAUUAUCCACAUGGUGUUCUUUCUGGAGUGAUAAUGGGUUCUGCUUCGAAAACUGCUGACAAUGUCAGUGCUGUUCCAGCUUCGAGAGUCUACUCUCUGGUUUCUGGUCGGAAACCAGAUGAUGGUUUUCAAUCGGAAAUAAGCUCUGGUUUUCAAUCGGAAAAGAUGAAGAAGGCCUUUGGUUUGUUGCGAUUGUGUAGCAAGAAGAGUGAAGAUGGAGAAGGAGGGAGUAGAUCAGUUGGUUUAGAAUAG